CAAAUAGCUCUUUAAAAAUGUUGCGUAACGUAAAUAUUUUUCGACUGUCGAGGAGAGCAAUUUCGCUGCUCUCUAGGAGCAACAAAAAAUUUCAAAUAACCGACAAUACUGAGUUCAUCUCUAAAGUGAUGAAUAGUAAUGUUCCAGUUAUAGUGAAUUUUCAUGCUGAAUGGUGCGAUCCUUGUAAAAUAUUGACACCAAAGCUGGAGGAAUUGGUAGGUCCCAUGGAGGACCUUCAUCUGGCUAUUAUCGAUGUUGAGCAAAAUCCUGAAUUGGUGCACACGUUUGAAGUUAAAGCAGUGCCUGCGGUCAUAGCUGUCUCCAAUGGUCUAGUUGUUGACAAAUUCAUUGGACUCGUUGAGGCCGGAAUGAUCGAGAACUUAAUUAAUAAAUUGAGAAAGCCUGGAGUUAAAACUCAAUCAUAAUUCUUGUCAAUGUGCCUUUCGCUCAAUUUCGUUUUAGAUUUAUUACAUUUCAUACAAAUAUCUAGUGAAUAUCAACGAAUUAAUUCCCAUUAUUUUUCCGAGAGCUUCAUAUUAGGGAAAGCUCAUCAAAUAAUUAAACGCGAAACCGUGAUUUUCUCAAAUUAAUUGGAUAAACAUUCGGUAGAACCGAUAAACUCUUGGAAAUUGGAUGAAAGGUACAUCACAUUCUCAACAGAAUGUUUUCAAAUAUUCAAGUGAUAAAUUUGCCAGUGUGACUUAGUUUUAUAUCUUUUGACUUUAACCGAAUGAAUUGAGAAACCUGUUUUCAUUGCCGUAUGUUUUGACGAAUAUCUCGGAGUGAACUGAAAAUAUUCAAAUUUUGAUAUUUCUUCAUCAGUUCUGAGAUCCAGAAAACGUACGAUGAAUUGACUGAGCGGUGCUGCUGUUGAGGUAAAUAUAUCCAAUGAAAUAUUGAAAUUGAAAAUAAAUAUGGAACUGGGAGAUUGAGUACACGUGUUCAAUUGUAA